AUGGAGAUUCGCUCAUGGAAGAGUAAUAAAACUAGAAAUCUACGAGGAAGGGAGAGCUCCAAUCCCUGCCUUUACUUCUUCCCAUUUUCUAUUUACUCUAUUAUGGUCCGCUUUACAAUCGAAUUAGCAUUGCGAGAUAAAUUUCACUCAUCCCGCGACCUUACAAAAUUGAACUAUCGACUAGUAAAUUUGCACCGCAAUGAGAAUCUUGAAGAGGAUUACCUUUUACACAUCAAUCCAGGAGGAAAGGUCCCUGUCUUAACAUCCAAGUCACUGCCAGCCCCUCUCACCGAUAGCUUAUCUAUAUCAUAUUGGGUCUGUGAGCAACGUCCAAGCUUGAUCCCGGAAACCCAUCGGGCAACUAUACAACGCCUUCUAUCCCACCUUCAUCGCAUUCGAACAGACAACAAUCCGAACCCAGCGAUAGACGAUCUCUUGGCUCGAGUAGACAUCACGCCUGAACAUCGUCGUGCUCUGGAAUAUGAACGUGAUCGCGAGAGAAAGCACACAGAGCCUGAAUUAGAUGACGAAGACGAAGAAAGCAUGACGGGUCAAGCGAGACAUUUGUUCUCACAACUAUUGGUUGAAUACGAAAAAUUCAAUCGCGGUGGGAUUUGGAUAUUUGGGGACGACACGGGCCCGACAGUGCUGGAUGCGCAUGCUGUGGUGUUUAUUGCGCGACUGGUUGAUAUCCAACUUGAAGACCUGGUCCCUGUUCAGAUGCUCCUGUAUGCGAAUUCCAUCAUGGGGUUGCCGGAAUGGGAUGCAGUGAUGCGCGGAAUGCCAACGGUCUGGAAUUCUUCUUUGGGCCCUGUAGAUCAACUCAAGGUAGUGUGA